UUGACAUGGCCAACAAUUUAGCGCGCAGUCUCGUAAAUCGAUCGAAAAUAAUACUUUUUGAUAAAAAAAAUGUCUGAUACGAUAAUAGAAAGUGUACUUUCGGGACAAUUAAAUUGUGAUCUAUUAAUUAAGUGGUUAAAUGACGAGUCUAUUGAGGGCGCGCCGGAAGACUGUAUAUUAUAUUGCUGUAAUAGGAACGAAUUUGUGGCUUAUUUCCUGUCUUUUUUACGGAUUCAAACUGAUGCAAUUUUACAAACGAACAACAGUGGCUUACAAAUACUCAAUCAGACACCAGACAAAUCGUUGAGUCAACGAAAGCAUCAUCGCUCCAUCAGCGAUCCUACUUGCGAAAAUGACAGAUCAAGUGACAAUCUCACGGUCAAAACUGACCGUAAAACGGACGAAUCGCCAAAUCGUGAUAAGAAAAAGCCAAAAAGACGUGUCAAAACAAAAUUGUUCACAGAUGAAAAUACAAACAAUCAAUCUCUACUAUCCAACCAGUCGUCAGAUGAAUCCAGAUUGAGUAUAGGAGUUGAAAGAAUAGUACUAUCUAGUACGCCAAUGAAGAAUGGAUUUAAACCGGACACUAGUUUCGUUACCAGCCCUGUAACUCCUACGUCUAAAAGCUUCAGCGAAAGAUGCGAUACGCCUCGUCUCUCCCGGCAUUCCCGGUCGCAAGAUAAAAGCAUAAGUUUCGGAGACUAUUUGGUUUCCGCAACGAAAAGUUCCAAAAAGAAACGGUCAAGCCAAAAGAACACUUCAAACGAAGACGUUAAAGUUGAUUUGGACUUGAGUAACUCGGAGAUGUUCCCAGAGAUUGGGGCAAGGAAGGCUAGCUCUCUACGCUCAGAAAGAAGGAGGAUAAAUCCCACAAAUAUUGACAAAAGCGUUGGACAGAAGAGCGUUUCGUUAAACAGUUUUAGCGAAGCUUUCCAACAGCCUCCGUUAGCGUUGGAAGAUAACAUAGCUUUCAAACCGAAGUUACAGCCAAAGGAAACGUCUAAAAACUUUGACGCAGAGCGUAAUAUAUUACGACAAGAGAGACACAAGUUGAUGGAAAAAUUCAACAUUUUAAAUACUAACGUGGCGCCGAAAGUGACGCCGACGAUCAAAAUUACGCAACGGGACACGCUAGAGAAAAAACCUAGUAAAUGUAGUUAUGAAGAGGCAGAUAUUGCCAAAGUAGUUUAUAAGGAACAAAUUGACUUAUUAAUCGAUAUAUAUGACGUUUUAUUUAAGAACAAUCUGAUUCUAAGUGUGAAUACGGAGAUAUACUUUCUUAUAUCAAUUCUAUUAAUGAAACAAGAGGAAAAUGAUUAUAAACUGAACGAAUCUCAAAUGAACGACAAUAUAGAGAAGUGUAUACUAAAAAGUAUACACAAUAGCACAUAUUUUUCAGUAAAAUCGCUUUGGAAUCUACGGUUAGUGUUAGAAGUGAUUUUAGAUAAAAACGCCUUGAAGACGUUGGGUGAAAAUAAAAAAGUGCGGGGUUUUUUCCCGGAUUUAGCCAAAUUUUUAUUAAAUUCGUAUGGUUUGAAGUGUGAAGCUGAUAGUGAAAGGAGACCGAUACAAGAGGAUCGAUGUUCGAACGGCAUUGUAUGUUUUAACUUGGAGACGGAUAAUGCUGAUAAUUUUCCGUCGUUGCUGAGCUUUCAGAAUUUUAAGAAACAGAGGGAUAUGUUUUAUGAGAUAUUGCGGUGGUACCAAGACAGCCAAUCCACAGGUAGUUCAACGUCCACACUUCGUCCACGUAUAAAGUCAUUAUUAGCAAGCGGACAUAGUGCAGCCAACCACGCCCAUCUUGCUGCACUGUGCACACGUGUGCUAGUUGAGUGUGACCCGCCAGCGGUACAGGAAUCGAAACUACACAAGUUACAACGCCGUCUAACUUGUCCCGCGGCACCCGAGUCGCAUCGGUUACCGCAUUUCACCGAUAAAGAGAUGUUUUAUAAAGAAUUCAUAAUACACGCGGACAACGAGAGCUUCAGAGUGCAUUUAAAAGACGCCAUUGCUUCCGAAAUAAUUUCGCUUGACUCUAAACCGCUUUGCAGUGAAACUUCAAACGGUUCAGACAUAUCCCGGGAAUUUCUCCAACUUUCCAAAAAGUUGGGUACCCUAUCCAAGUUCCUAGGGUACCUAACGUCACUACCAUACACACAAACAAGUGAUAUAGCUAUAAAAACAGGGAAUAUAGGACAGAAAGAUUUAUAUAAUGUGCCGAAGGAAAAAGUACUGGAAAAUAAUGUCGCUUUGAGGAAUUAUAGUCAACCAAACAUCGACAUUAUAGGGUUAUUAAAAUCAGCAUACGAAAAUAACAGACUAUGUAUAACCCUACCUUGGAUAGUACACUAUCUAUCGAUGUUAGACUACACAUCACUACGCAUCAAUUACUAUCGACAGUUAUUAAAAAUAAUCUUCUUCAUAUAUGAAAAUAAGUUAAAAGACCUCAAAAAAAUAACGAAUAUCUUCCUAAAAUCGAUUCUCGGCUGGUUAUUCGAUUUACCGCACUUUCCUCGCGAGUUAGUCCACGAUAGAAUCGACUUAGAUUACCGAACGAAUAGUGAUGUGCCGUUCGAUUCGAUGGAUAUUAUCGAUGAAGUGGUUUUGUUCGAGUUGUGCCCGUUUUUGAGGGAUAUUAACGUGCUUUUGUCUUGUAAAGUGAUGGGAGAAAAGGAUGUUGGCAGUUUUAGGCAUAUAACGCCUGUUAAUCUUAGUUUGAAUAGUGAGGAUCGAAUGAGGAAUAAGGAGAAGGAAAUACAGUCACGACUAGAAAUGGAGUUCCUCAAAUCCCAACCAUCGUCGACUCGACGUGUACUCGAAUUAGUCGUCGAACGAGUUACAUCGAGUUCGAUAAAAGAGUUGGGCACAUCACUAGUUAAUGCGAGAAGGAGGUGUCGGGAAAUGGCAUGGCGGAGUGUGCAGGGAGUUAAAGAGGAUAGGACGGUCCUACUUACCAACUUACAACAGCUAUACACAGACCAACUAACGCACUUACGGUCACUACCACUAAAUCACACGUCCACUAUCCGUGACCGUGUGAAUUCAGCGCUAACCGCUUUACUGCCCACGACCACGACCACGACCAUGACCACGACUACGACUACGACCACGACCGUGACCACGUCCGUGUUGCAAGCGCUAGCUGUUAAGGCGUGUACGGAGAGAUUGGUUAAGUGGACGAAUGAACAUUGGAAUAGCACGGCUAUAUUAUGUAAAGAUAUAAACGAAGAGCUAAAUACGCUUUUAGCGCUCGGUGAGAACUUCCAAACGCCCGUAACGGAUAAACCGCCACCGGAUGAGUUCACCGAAUUCGAUAGUCCCGCGUUUACUAUCAUAACUUUGAAGGAGCAAAUUUGCCAACUUUUAGACGAUGUGCUCCCGGACUACACUCCCGUGUUGUCACAGUGUGCGCGAGUCACAAACAACAACCCGUACUGCAGGCCGCCCGCUGUCAGGGCUAUACUACAACUUAGCGUGGAUUUUGUUGUUGUUUUUGUGAGCAAAAAGCCAGAACACGUGACGGACAAACUGCUAUCAAUGCUGGAGGUUAUAUGGAACAACUGCUGUCCCGACCGACCGCCGCAGCAAGAGAGUGAGUGGGAUGGAGAGAGAGAUCUAGAGAAGAGUGGGAAUGAGAGUAAAGAUGACUCGAAUCUCGGGCACUUUUCGCGCAUACUAAGCCCCCGCAACGUCACCAUGCUGGGCCCGCACGGCGCAGCUUGGGCACAGCUUGCACGUGUACUGCUCCGCUUGCUGGCCGGCCGGUAUUUGAGUGAAGGGUCGCUCACGGAACAGUGCUUGGCUGUUUAUCGGCAGGAUUGGCCGCAGAACACACUAGAACAACUGUCCGCGUGUAUGAAAUCCGUGUCAGCACAAUGGCGCUCGUCGACCGGCAAGUUCGCGCUGUUUCUUGACUUCCUAGCCGAUUAUUGUGGAAAUAUGGACUUUGAUAUCAUGGAAUAAGAUAAUAUGUUACUUCUAUCGAGAGUGGAUGGAAUUACAUAAAGAGACGAAGAAAUAUUAAAAUUAUUUUUAUGUCACAGCAAAAGUGUGUUUUUUGCGUUUUUGCGUUUUGUACAUUUGUAUAGAACUUCGUUAUAUUUGUGUAAAAAUGUUUUCUUUUUUAUGUGACAUACAAUUAAAUGUAAUAAAAUACUUAAUUAUUUUACAUUGACACUAUUCUCUUUUUCAGUAACUUAUAGAUUUAGGUAUUUGACAAUAAAAUCGAUAUAAAGCUGCAAAAA